AUGCAAAAACAACAACAACAAUAAUAAAAAGAAAGUUUUAUAGCUACUUCUGAUGAGAAAAAUCACAUUUUAUAAAGAUUAAUCUUUAUUUUAAAAAAUAAAGAGAGAAAACCAAAAGAUCAAUUUUAAUAAAAGAAUUUUCAAGAUGAAGUUCAUUUUGAUACUAUAUUGGAUGGAAUAGAUAAAGAUUCUCAUAUUUCUAAAAUAUCCUCAGACACUUGUUUAAGUUAUAUAGAAAUUAAGAUUUCAGAUUAUGAAGCUUUAUUAUUAAAAAGUCUUCUUGAAAACUUAUAAAGAGAAGUUAAAGAAGCUUAAUCAUAACUUUCUAUUUAUGAAAAGAAUGGUAAAGGAUAAUCAGACUUACAAAAUCAAUAAGUUUCUUAUGUAAUUGAAUAAAAGAGAAAUGUAAAAUCAGAUGUUAUUAAACCUAACAUUCCUGAAGAUUCUGAGGAAGAUAUAAUUUUUUAGGAUUAGAUACCUAAUAAAAAGAGUUAAAAAUUCAUAAAUAAACAAUAAAUAUUAGAAAGUCUUAAGAAUAUGAGAAACACAUAUAAUAAGCGUCUUUAAGAUCUUAAGGAUACAAAAUAGACUAAUAAUAGCUUUGCCAAAAUAAAGAAAUUAAAAGAUAAAACUCCUAAAUUUAUAAUGAAUUAAUAAGAAAAUCAUAAAGAUUUAAUAAAAUUAUUGGAAUUUAGAUAAAUAAUAAAUGAAAUUCAAUCAAUGUUUUAACAAUAUGAUUAAGAAAUUGAAGGAAUAAUUUGA